UCAUGCUAUACGCCUGCUACCUUUGACCUUCGAUAACUUUCCAUUGCUAUUAAUAUGCUGAGCUACGAGCCUUGCCUUCCACUAAACCCUUUUUGAGUCAAAGUUCAUAACAGAAAGAAAAAACCAUCAUGGGAAGUGAAGGGGUGAAGAAACCAAGAAUCCUAUGCCUUCAUGGGUUCCGAACAAGUGGCCAUAUCCUCAAAACACAGUUACACAAGUGGCCCCAAUCUGUUCACGACCACCUCGACCUUGUGUUCCUCGAUGCUCCUUUUCCUUGUCAGGGAAAAUCCGAUGUUGAAGGAAUCUUUGAUCCUCCUUAUUACGAAUGGUUCCAGUUCAACGAGGAAUUUACGGAGUAUACCAACUUUGAUGAAUGUGUACAAUACAUAGAAGAUUAUAUGAUCAAGCACGGACCCUUUGAUGGUCUUUUGGGCUUCUCUCAGGGUGCUGUACUCUCUGCUGCGCUGACUGGUCUUCAGGAGAAGGGUGAAACACUAACUAAGGUUCCAAAGGUGAAAUUCAUAAUAAUAAUAUCAGGGGCAAAGUUCAAGUCAUCUUUGAUAAUGGAGAAAGCAUAUUCUAGCCCCAUUUCCUGUCCCUCUCUUCACUUUCUAGGGGAGACAGAUUUCCUGAGGCCUUAUGGUACUGAGCUACUAGAAUCCUGUAUUGAGCCUAUGAUCAUCCAUCAUCCCAAAGGUCAUACCAUUCCAAGAUUAGAUCCAGAGAGUUUGAAGACCACCAUGAGUUUCAUCAAAAGAAUAAAAGAUGUGGUUGAAAAUGAGCAAUGAAUUUAGACAAGUGCCCGUGCAAGUAAUCAAAUUUUAAUCUAAGCUUUGACAAACAGAACAAUUAGUAAUAAUUCAGAUAUACAUACGCAUACUAUAUAGGCCCAAGAAGACAUAUAUAUAGGUUUCACUAUACAGUAUACACUGCCAACUAAUGGCUGCUUCAUACUUCUUAAUGUACCAUUGAUUUAUCAUGUUAAGGGUAACUAUUUAUCAUUGAGUUAAUACUCUUGUACCA